AUGGAAAUGGAAGAAUCCGUGAAGGAACAGCCCCUCUCCGCUGGGAAUUCAGGGAGACCUAAACUUCAGAGGUACCCGCUACGAUCGUCCUCUAAAUCCAAGGAAAGCACACCAGACAAUGUUUCUGAUUCUAAAAGAGGGUUAAGUACUCCACGUGUAAGCAGAAGUGUAGGUGGUCUUGAUUUCUCCGGAAAGGACAAGUCUACAAGUUCUAAACCACCAAGGAGACUCUCCAUUCCUGUCAGAGCCUCUCCUUCUCCAAAUCCAAAGUUGAUUGGCAACAUUACCCAAAUCUCAAAGAGCAGAAAAGUUAAGUAUGGCAAUGGCCAAGGGCCUCAAACCAGAAGUUUAACACCCGGAUCUGACAUUUCUAAAACAUCCGGCCGGAUGAAGUUCAAUCUCCUAUCUUCCUCUUCGUAUUGGCUGAAUCAGAUCAAGCUCUCUGAAUCUGCUGUUAAGCACUCAGUUUCUCUUGGAUUCUUCAAACUUGCAUGGGAAGCAAGGUGUGAGCCGUUCGCGAAGAUGCAAGAUGAGCUAAAAUGUUAUGUGCAAAGACAUCAGCUUGCUGAACUUGGAGAAGUGAAAGAACUGCUUCAAAGCUAUUGCAAUACUGAAAAUAUAGAGCAGCCCCAAAUUUCAGAAAGCAUUUCGCAGGUGCUAGAGGAGGGAACUCGAUCCUCUGAUGAUGAAGUACACUGCUCUUCUUCAACGAUCAUGGAUACUGAAAAACUGAAACCCGAAUCCUUGGAAACUGAAUCCACUCAACUUACUCCUGUUAAAACAGAGACAACCAAGAAGGAAACUGAAGCCACUCAGCUUACUCCUGUUAAUACAGAGACAACCAUGAAGGAAGCUGAAUCAACUCAACCUAACCCUGUUAAAACAGAGACAACCAAGAAGGAAACUGAAGCCACUCAACUUACUCCUAUUAAAAUAGAGACAACAAUGAAGGAAACUGAAUCCACUCAAGUAAGCCAAAUGAAUAAUAACCCCGGAUCCAGAUUGAGAGAAAAUCUCAAAAAGAACUCUGCAAAUUCAAGACCUACUUCUGACAGUGGGAGCUCUAGGUUGGUUAAAAAAUCAGAGAAGAAGAAGCCAACUAAGCAACAAACUAAGAAGGGAAAGAUUGAGGUCAAGAAACAACAAAAGAAAUCUGAUUUCCAAUCAGCCCUACAGGACGUUCAGUCAACUGAUGAGAUCAGUUUGUUCACAGAAGUCGCGUGA